AUGUUAUUCAAAGUCAAGACACAAUUUCAAAAUUCACUCACCACAUUUACUGCCCUCAAUUUGGCGGUGACUGCGACCAGCGACUUUCCGUGUUUUCCAAGAAUCUUAACACUGCUGACGGUGUUCACAUUGAUGAUGUUAGUGACGUCUCAGGUGACGUUCAGCAGAGACUGGACUGGGGGCAAACGGUCUCCCCCCACAAACAUUGACUGCGGUCAAUUUACAAAGCUGUGCAAACGAUUGAUUCACGAUAUAAAACAAGUGAUGACGUCGCAAAAGUUUGGGAAGCACAGACGAGUUGAAGACGAUUUCGCGGGUUAUGACGAUGACAAAUAA